UAUGCGUAGCUGAUGUUUUUCAAACGACCAUCUUGCUUGUGCUUGUGUCCAUCUUCCUCCUCCUCUGUAGAAGGCAAACCAUGAUCUGUGGCUGGUUCUUCAUCUGGCCGACGUUGGUGCUUCUGACCCAGGCUGAAGCUGAUGAAACGUCGAGUGCUGAGGCGGCUGUUGGGAAUGCAGGAGCAGCGAAUGGCAUUGUCAUUCCCGGUGGGCUUAAUCCUGGUGCUGGGAACGGAAUGCUUUUAAACGGACAGGCGCAGCUCGGACAGGCGCAGCUCGGACAGGCGCAGCUUGGACAGGCCCAGCUCGGACAGCUGAUCCCCAUUGGCCAGCCCGUGUUUAUCCCACAGUCGGGCCUUCCCAUUGGUCAGGCUGGCAUGCCCUUGGUGCCUGGCAUGGGGCUGCAGCAGGCCCUGGCGUUCCCCAUGGCUCAGCCACAGCUGCCUGUCCCUCAAAUGCAGCCAGCCAAUGGGGUGCCCCCCCUGUUCGCUGUUGUCCCCCAGGGAGGGUUGCAGGUUCCCGUGCUGAAUCCUGGGCAGGUGAUACAGAUUCUCCCACUGGGGGCCGGAAACACCAUCAUGCAGCCAAUGAGUGGGGCCCAAGGAGCAGGAAAUGCAGCUCGUAUGGUCAAGCGCUCAGCGCCCGCAGAUUCGGUUCCGACACCCAGCCCUGUGGAACCAGAGACUUUCCCAGUUACUCAUGCAAGGCCGUCCCUGGCUGAGGUCUUGAAGCUUCUGACGGUGUCACCUGAAAGAAAGCCAAGUGUUCCAGAAAUAGACGAGAUCCCAGAGGAGCGAAACAUUCUUCCCUGGCAAGAGAGACCAAGAGUGGAGGAAUCUUCAGGGUCUGGAGAUUAUUUGGAUAAUGAAGUUCUCACCAAUAUCUGAGUUGACCGGCUUGGAACAGUCCACAGUGGAACUCAUCUUCCUAAUCAUACUGUCACUAAACUC